AAAGCUAACAGCCUCACGGAGAAGGCGCAGUCCCUCUCCACAGAGACACAGCCUUGCCCCAGUUACUGCCCACCUGCAAGAGAUCCACAUUUCUGCCCUCCAGAGCUCCCAAACUGAUGGGGGAGAGAGACAUCAUCCCCCAGCUCUGGGAAUUUCCAGUCUGAUGGAGGAGACAGAGCCUGCUUCGGUUAACUUUCACUCUGCGGGGGAAGACUCAGCCCUAUCCAAGGAGCUCCCACACUUUCAAUGGGGAGGCCCACCCAGUGGCUGAGCCUGCUGCUGCUCCUGCUGUUGCCGGGCCCCCUGCCCGUGGCUGGCAUGGAGGACGCUGCCUUCCCCCACCUUGGGGAGAGCUCGCAGCCCCCGCCCCGGGCCUGCCCCCCGCGCUGCUCCUGCCCCCGAGUCGACACUGUGGACUGUGAUGGCUUGGACCUUCGGGUGUUCCCGGACAACAUCACCAGAGCCGCUCAGCACCUCUCCCUGCAGAACAACCAGCUCCAGGAACUCCCCUACAAUGAGCUGUCCCGCCUCAGUGGCCUGCGAACCCUCAACCUCCACAACAACCUCAUCUCCUCAGAAGGCCUUCCUGACGAGGCCUUCGAGUCCCUCACCCAGCUGCAGCACAUCUACGUGGCUCACAACAAGAACAAUCUCAUCUCCAAGGUGCCCCGAGGAGCCCUGAGCCGCCAGACUCAACUCCGGGAGCUCUACCUCCAGCACAACCAGCUGACCGACAGCGGCCUGGAUGCCACCACCUUCAGCAAGCUGCAUAGCCUUGAAUACCUGGAUCUCUCCCAUAACCAGCUGACCACCGUGCCGGCCGGCCUGCCCCGGACCCUGGCUAUCCUGCACCUGGGCCGCAACCGCAUCCGACAGGUGGAGGCGGCUCGGCUGCACGGGGCGCGUGGUUUGCGCUAUUUGUUGCUGCAGCACAACCAGCUGGGGAGCUCAGGGCUGCCCGCUGGGGUUCUGCGGCCGCUGCGGGGCCUGCACACACUGCACCUCUAUGGCAAUGGGCUGGACCGCGUGCCCCUGGCCCUGCCCCGCCGCCUGCGCGCCCUGGUGCUGCCCCACAACCACGUGGCCACGCUGGGUGCCCGCGACCUGGCCGCCACACCAGGCCUGAUGGAGCUUAACUUGGCCUAUAACCGCCUGACCAGCGCCCGCGUGCACCACCGGGCCUUCCGCCGGCUGCGCGCCCUGCGCAGCCUCGACCUGGCGGGGAAUCAGCUAACCCGGCUGCCCAUGGGCCUGCCCACUGGCCUGCACACCCUGCGGCUGCAACGCAACCAGCUGCGGAUGCUCGAGCCCGAACCUCUGACCGGCCUGGACCAAUUGCAGGAGCUCAGCCUGGCACACAACCGGCUCCGGGUCGGUGACAUCGGGCCAGGCACCUGGCAUGAGCUCCAAGCCCUCCAGGUCAGGCACAGGCUGGUUAGCCACACUAUCCCCAGGGCCCCUCCAUCCCCCUGCCUGCACUGCCACAUCCCAAACAUUCUAGUUAGCUGGUCAAGCAAUCAGAACAAGAAAAUGGUAAGAGUGGGUUAGAAGGUGAUGAGGAGGCUGGGUGAGGUGGCUCAUGCCUGUAAUCCCAGUGCUUUGGGAAGCCAAGGCAGGAGAAUUGCUUUAGGCUAUGGGUUUGAGACCAGCCUGGCAACAUAGCAAGACCCUAUCUCUACCAAAAAAACCUAGCCAAGCAUGGUGUUGCAUGCCUGUAGUCCCAGCUAUUCAGGAGACUGAGGCGAGAGGAUUGCUUGAGCCCAUAAGUUUGAGGCAGCAAUGAGCCAUGAUCGGGCCACGGCCCUUCAGACUGGGCAACACAGCAAGACCCUUCUCUUGAAAAAAAAAAAGUGAUGAGAGAGGUAUGGUGCGAUUCAAUAACUGAAUCAUUUAAUCAAGUGGGGACCCAUCUGUCUGUGCCUUCCCGGUAAGGGCUUUAGUUUACCACUGCAGAGGGGAGAAAUUUGGCAGUCAUGUGGGGUGGGGGCAGAAGGGACAGGCUGGUAUGAAGGAGGCAGGAGACUUUCAAGGAGAGAGGUUGGGGGCUGGCUGAGCUGAGUGGCUCAGGCCUGUGGCUGCCACAACGCCAUCUAUAACCCCCUGCCCAGAUGUUGGACCUCAGCCACAACGAGCUGUCCUUUGUGCCCCCGGACCUGCCUGAGGCCCUGGAGGAGCUGCACCUUGAGGGCAAUCGCAUCGGCCACGUGGGCCCCGAGGCCUUCCUCAGCACGCCCCGCCUGCAUGCCCUCUUCCUCAGGUGCCCCAAGGGUGGCCGGAGGGGUGGAGGUGGGCAGGGAAGGGCCUGGGAGGGUCACGACGGCCUCUCUGUGCAGGGCCAACAGGCUUCACAUGACGAGCAUCGCGGCCGAGGCCUUCCUGGGGCUCCCAAACCUGCGCGUGGUGGACACAGCAGGGAAUCCGGAGCAGGUCCUGAUCCAGUUGCCUCCCACCACCCCACGUGGGCCACGGGCAGGGGGCCCCUGAUCCUGGAGAGGUCCAGCAGAGCAGCCCAGACUCCUGGGGCUCCGCUGGGCCGCGGACUGAAGAGACAACACCCACCGUGGGCCCUCUGUCUGGCUCUCCUGGGCCUCCAGGGUUGGGCCUGCUCUGCCUGGCACUGGCCAAGGCACCGAGGCACGCAGCUGGCAUACUCCAGGCCCACAGACCACGCUGACCUGGCAGGACACGCCUUACCCCAAACUCCCAACACGGAUGGAGGCAGCAACAAUAAAGCCAAACCCUUCCAG